AUGAUAUCAAAAGAGUGGCAUCAGAAUCCAGGUUCUUGCUUGCUUAGCAGUUACAGCACAUGUAAUGGGCAAACCUAUGGAUAUAUACUGUUCUACACAUACAGAUUCACUCUUGCUCAAGAGGGUCUCCUCCUGCAUUCAAUUCUGAACACCAUUGCUCUGCCAAAGCGAAAUGCAUACGAGGCAUACUUUUGUAGCAACACGGUUGAUACAAAAUCUCCAAAUAUGGCGAGAAACAGGAGGAUUGUGAAUUUAACUUCUGGAGCUAUUGUUCCACCAAGAGACUACUAUUACAGGGCUAUUCUUGAAUAUGAUAGUGUGUUCGCCCAAUAUGCUCAUUCCAAAGCUCCACGAAAUGGAAAGAACCAGAUGAUAUCUGCUCAGCCAUUCAGGGUCAAUUUGAUCUGGGAACUUGUGGUUCCAAUAGCUAUUGCAUGCUUGACUCAAAUGGGAGGUCUAAUUGAUCUGUAUGAUAUGUAUACUUUAGAUAACAUAUUUUGGCCUAAUUCUUCAAACUACGAGGAGCUGCAGUUCUUUAACCAAGAUGAAUGCCGGAACUCUUGUUUGUUUGAUUCUAAUUGUGUGGUUGCAGUAGAAAAGUCAGGAACCUGUUAUAAAAAGAAGUUGCCAGUUUCUAACGGAAGGAGGGAACAAGUUAACAGCAAGGCCUUUGUUAAAUUGCUGAUAUCUAGUAUCCCAACCGGUGAUUUCCCAUACUCGACAUCAGAUAGGGGACAUAGGAAGAAAGAUAAAAGACCAAAAUUUGUUGGUUCAUCAAGCAUCCCGGAGACGAAUCUGAGAAAUUUCACUUUCCGAGAGCUUAAGGUAGCAACAGACAGUUUCAAGCUAGAACUUGGAAGGGGUGCUUUCGGCACAAUUUAUAGAGGAGAGUUUUCGUCUUCAAACUUAAGAACUAUUAUAGCAGUCAAGAAACUAGACAGGCUAGCAAAUGAUGGUGAGAAGGAAUUCAAAACAGAAGCCAGUGUAAUAGCCAGGACUCAUCACAAGAAUUUCGUGAGAUUGGCUUUUAGUCUAUGA